AUCGUGGGGAGUGUAAGAUACAGGUGGUGUUCAGCAGGGCCAGGGAUAACACAUACGCUUGUUGACAUUAGAGAUGGCCUCUUACAAAAGAGUUGCCAUUCUGCUGAUGUCAUUCAUGUGCUGCUUAUGGCUAUCUGCGCAUGCCCAGUUGUGGUGGGAUGACGACGAGAUAUCUUUAGAUGACCUUGUGGAUAUCGGUUUCCCCAUCAAACGGCCACGUAAUGACAAGUACCGGGACGCCAGUAACAUAAUACAUUAUAAAACUAUCAUUGACGACGAUGAAUCAGAAAAAGCUCACGAUGGUGGCAAAGGCGAUGAGAUUGGUGAUGAUAAGGAUGAUGAUGACACUAAAUUCACUGACAAGGCCGAUGACAACCCGGCCGGUACUUGGAACGAUGGAAAUAAUGAUGAUAAUAACAUCACUGAUAAAGACGAUGACAUCCUGGCUAAGACUGGUGAGGAUAAUGAUGAUAUUGGUAAUAACAACACUGAAAACGCUGGGGAAAACGAUGACACUCAGGCCGAUAGUGGGAACGAUGAAUUUAAUGAUGAUGAUAAAAUCACUGAUAUAGUCAAUGACAUCCUGGCUAAGACUGGUGAGGAUAAUGAUGAUAUUGGUAAUAACAACACUGAAAACGCUGGGGAAAACGAUGACACUCAGGCCGAUAGUGGGAACGAUGAAUUUGAUGAUGAUGAUAAAAUCACUGAUAUAGUCAAUGACAUCCUGGCUAUGACAGGUGAGGAUAAUGAUGAUUUUGGUUAUAACAACAUUGAAAACGCUGGGGAAAAUGAUGACACUCAGGCCGACAGUGGGAACGAUGAAAAUAAUGAUGAUGAUAAAAUGCCCGACAAAGAUGAUGACACGCCGGCAAACAUUGGGGAUGAUGAUAACGACGAUGAUAAAACUAAAAACACUGGCAGAGACGAUGACAACCCAGCCGACGAGACGAGUGGCGAUAAUGGUGAUGAUGAAAACACUGAAGUCACUGGCAAAGAAAUUGGUAAUGAUGACAAUGCCAACACAGGAAUCACUGGAGGAGACGAGGAUAAUGUUGAUGGUGGUGACGGUAGUAACAACGCUGAAAACACUGGCAAAGACGAUGACACUCAGGCCGAUAGUGGGGACGAUGAAAAUAAUGAUGAUAAUAAACUCACUGACAAAGACAAUGACACGCCGGCCAAUAUUGGGUCUGAUGGUGACGAUGAUAAAACAAAAAACACUGGCAAAGCAAAUGAAAACUCGGCCGAGAUUGGUAAUGGUGACAAUGAUAACACUGAAAGCACUGGCGGAGACGAUGAUGACCAGGUCAAGACUGGUGAUGAUAAUAUUGAUGGUGGUGGUAGUAAUAACGAUGAAAACACUGGUAAAGACGAUGAUACUCCAGCCGAGACGAGUGAUGAUAAUACCAGUGAUGAUGGUGGUGAUUCUGGCAAAGGUGAUGACAGCCCGACUAAGUCUGGCGAUAACGGUAAUGGUAACACUGAAAGCAUGCGCAAAGACGAUGACAAACCAAAAGACUCUUCUCUUGAUCAAACAACGCAAAAUGUGGUUACAUCUUUGGAAAAACCAGAGGAAAAUGACGACUCCACUGAAGAUCGUGUACCGAAAUCAGCUAGUCCAUCGGAAGAUUCUGACGAUUCAUCUGAGAGUGGCGAAAGCAACGAUUCUUCGACCCAGGUUCCUUCUUCUUCGUCUUCGUCUUCUUCUUCUUCUUCUUCUUCUUCAUCGUCUUCGUCUUCUUCCUCAUCGUCUUCUUCUUCAUCGUCUUCGUCUUCUUCUUCAGAAAAUUCCGAUGAUUCGACUGAACGCACAACUCCUAUGCGUUUUAUUCCAAGGAGAACAUCACCAAAGACAACACCAACGCCGAUUCCACCUAAGGGAAGUUCUGAAGAAACUUCGAAAGUGACAACACCAACGCCGUUACCCCCAAAGGGAAGUUCAGAAGAAACAGAGGAAACUUCGAAAGUGACAACACCAACGCCGUUACCCCCAAAGGGAAGUUCAGAAGAAACAGAGGAGACUUCGAAAGUGACAACACCAACACCGUUACCCCCAAAGGGAAGUUCAGAAGAAACGGAAGAAACUUCAAAAGUGACAACACCAACGCCGUUACCCCCAAAGGGAAGUUCAGAGGAAACAGAGGAGACUUCGAAAGUGACAACACCAACGCCGUUACCCCCAAAGGGAAGUUCAGAGGAACCAGAGGAAACUUCACCAAGUACAACUCAAAUCCCAUUACCUCCAGAGAAAAGUACAACGCCGAUGACUUUCACACCAAGUCCGCUAUUCAGGUGUCCCCUCGUCAUGGAUAUUGUAAUUGUAAUUCAUGGUUCAAAUACCAUCACGAGGCAAAAUUUCACGGACAUAAAGUGCGGUGUCGUCAGUCUUAUUGAAUCUAUGACGCCACCAAUUUACCCAAGAAACUCCCACAUAGGAUUCAUACAGUACAGUGACGCGAAACAUGUGGAAAAACACAACAUUUCUGCUGACAAGGAAGGACUGAAAGUGUUUGUCUACGAGACCAAAACCUCUGGGACCGGUACACGGACAGAUCUAGGACUGCUGGAAAUGAACCGGAUGUUUGCAUCUAACUUCCGGCCUGGAGUAAGACGGAUUGGCGUCAUUGUAACAUACGGUCUAUCACCUUCCCCUGUUAAUGUUGCCCAACAGGCGUUCCUGGCUAGACGUGCAGGCAUUGAUAUAUUUGUUGUGGGUAUCACUAGCAACACUAGGGAGUACGAGCUUAAUGUUAUGACCGGCACUGUUGGGCGCCAUCAUGUAUAUUACUUACCACGGUUCGACGAAUUCAAGGAUUUCGUAAACGAUCGAUUGGUGCAUGAAAUAUGUGCUGCACCUGCUCUACCAACCCCUCGACCUACUCCUCGCCUUACCCCAAAACCAACUCCACGGCCAACGCCUCGUCCCACCCCUUUACUAACACCAAAACCAACUCCACAGCCAACUACACGCCCCUAUCCAAAACUUACCCCAAAACCAACUCCACGCCCAACACCUCGUCCCACCCCAAAAUCAACUCCGCGGCCAACGCCUCGUCCCACUCCAAAACUUACCCCAAAACCAACUCCACGCCCAACACCUCGUCCGACCCCAAAACCAACUCCGCGGCCAACGCCUCGUCCCACUCCAAAACUUACCCCAAAACCAACUCCUCGACCAACUCCUGCCCCCACUCCAAAACUUACUCCAAAACCAACUCCUCGACCAACACCUCGUCCUACCCCAAAACUGACUCCACGCCCCACUCCAAAACUUACUCCAAAACCAACUCCUCGACCAACACCUCGUCCUACCCCAAAACUGACUCCUCGACCAACUCCUCGGCCAACUCCACGCCCCACUCCAAAACUUACCCCAAAACCGACUCCUCGACCAACACCUCGUCCCACCCCAAAAAUAACACCAAAACCACCAACUAAACGCCCCACUCCAAAACCAACUCCUAGACCAACUCCACGACCAACACCGAGACCGACCCCAAAACUUACCCCAAAACCAACUCCACGGCCAACACCUCGCCCCACUCCAAAACCAACACCGCGACCAACUCCACGACCAACUCUCCGUCCAACACCAAGACUAACCCCAAAACCAACUCCACGACCAACUCCUCGUCCAACUACACGGCCUACACCAAAAUUAACCCCAAGACCAACUCCACGACCAACACCGAGACCGACCCCAAAGCUUACCCCAAAACCAACUCCACGACCAACACCUCGUCCUACUCCAAAACUUACUCCACGCCCCACUCCACGCCCCACUCCACGACCAACUCCACGCCCCACUCCGCGCCCCACUCCGCGACCCACUCCAAACCCAACUCCACGGCCAACUCCACGUCCAACACCAAUACCAACACUGAGACCAACACUACGACCAAUUCCAUAUCCUACUCCAAAACCACGACCGACGACUCAAAAACCAACUAUUCCUCCGAUGUGGACUUGGUUCUGGAGGCGAAAAACUACUACAACCCCGACACCAAAACCUACCACUACUGUACCAACCACUACCACAAGGAGGUUCACCACAACUACUGGGGAACUGGAGACACCUCCACCAGGAUUCAAUCCUUGUCUUGGGUGUAAGAUGGUGAACGGGGCUGGGUUUAACCCCCAUCCGACUGAUUGUAGUAAGUUUGUUCAGUGUUUCUUCAGAGGAGAUGACGUCAUUGCCUUUUACAAAAAUUGUCCUGUCGGACAUUUCUGGAACCAAGAGAAAUUGACAUGUGACUACGCUUUCCGGGUCAACUGCGUCCAUGAUAUGUGCCAUAACUUGCUGGUGCAUCGUUACGCCAACCGUGGACACUGUCAGGCCUUCUGGGAUUGUGAAAAUGGCCAUGCCAUCCAGCGUUGCUGUCCUGCAGGCCAGGCGUAUAAUACAAGCGUUGCUAUGUGUGUCAAGGAUCCCUCUUGCCCUCCCACAUGUAGCUGGUCAGCUCACGCUCCUCCAGUAAAAACAGUAUGUAAGGACAGGGCUGUGCCGGGUAACUCUGCUUUCUAUGAACAAGAAGUUGAAGGUCACGGUUGGUUGAUGAUGCCUUGUGCCCCUGGAACAGCAUUCGACCAAAAGGAGUGCAGAUGUUCUGAAUUUUCAGCAAGUUUGAAUGACCACGACUCAGAUUGUACUGCGGAAGUGAUUCUAAAUUUCGAUAAUGACGUCCAAGACUCCUCCGGAAAGUAUGUGUGGGUUACCAAUAAAGGGGUAGAGGUGAAAAAUGGAUCAGCUGUAUUUGAUGGAAAGUCUGAACUAUUAAUUCAACGGUUCACAAACGAUGAUUUUGGAUUUACAUUCAUUGUGCGCAUGCGCUAUCGAGAAACUGGAAGUACGCCUUAUAGUAAUUCCGCACUGAUUAGCAAUGGCGAUUGUGGAAGAGAUGGAUCCAUCGUCAUAGCAACCGAUCCAGUCAGCAUCCGGUUCGGUGUCGACACUGAUAAAACACGUGGUCUCUACAGUUUUCGAGUGAAAAAGCCCGCAACAGAAUGGAAGACGGUUGAGUUCAAGUUAGCCGAUGGAAAGCUUCAAGGUCGAGCUAAUGAGUUGGUAUUUUCAAGAAAUGUACCAGGUCGUAUUGAAAGAAGAGCUUGUGCCAUACAGAUAGGUCAUGGAUGGGGACUGGAAAAUUUUGUAGGUGAUAUUGAUCAGUUGGAAAUCUAUAAAUGCAAGCCAAUGAAAGGGUAUACCUUCCAUAAGUACAAAGGAUGACCUCUGACCACGCGUCGCGAGGUUAUAUAUAUAGUAAUUAUGACGUCGGAUGCCAAAUAUAGCAAAAAGUGAAAUCCAUUUUUAAAAAUAUAAUUUUGUUGUAAAAAUGAAUCCAGUGAUGAUUGUGUGAUAGUUGUAUACAUUGAUCACGUGCUCAUGUGCGGUGUGUUUUCGUGGUAGCAAUGUAUUAUUCAAUAUGGCAGGGAGGUGUAUGUGAUACGAUUUUACUCAGAAACGCAUUAUUAUAUUACGGUGUUGAAUGUGCGAAUGGUUUCUUAUAUUUGCAUUUUAAGGUUUAUGUUGUGUUUAGUUUAAAUAUAUUUCAUUGCUUCUUUAAAACAAGCAAGAGGAUUGGGCACAAGUUAUGGCAACUGAUAGAAGCCCUCUCCUCCACAAUUUAUUUCAGCAAUGUGACAGCAACAAUAGACAUAUAAAUUAUGUACAUUAUAUGUUUACAGAAAAAUGGACAUUUUAUGAUACGGUUGAUAUUAUUUGACUUAUCAAGGAACACUAAUUUGGAAGGAUAAUUCUAAACCUAUGUUGAUAUUAUCUAGCUGUAUUAGUCUUGACUUUGUAUAAACGUAAUUAAGAUCAUUGAAAUAAUCCGUUAUCACAAUUUGUUUUGAAAUUGGUUAUAAUGUUUUGACCAAUUUAUGUUCUGAUUUAGAUUUCCUUAAAUGGAAAACUUUCGUCUAGAGUGUCCUGAGAAAGAACGUUGCUUUGUAUGAGAAAGAUAGAGAUUUACCUUCUUGAUAUAAAAUUAUAUAUAGAUAUAUACCUUGUGGGAAAUCGUUUGUUAUUGUUCUAUAAAUAUAGUUCUGUUGUGGAGAAUUUAAUUGUAUAUAUAUACAUACAAAAGCAUAUAUGUUUAUUGAUUAAUAAAAGAAAGCACAUAUAACUUUU